ACAGGAGAUCGAACCAAAAACUUUUUUUUCAAAAAGCACACCCCUAUCCAUUAUUCACCCCACGUGUAACGUGUCGGAAAACAACUAUAUGUCGAUUAAUAAACUUCGCUGUCCAACUGAUCACACAUUUGUACUUUUCAGACCAAAAUACCCCUUCUCAAAGCUCCUUUAACCAUCAUCGUGUACCACGCUUGUCCUUAAACAAUCAAACAUCCCAACACCGAUCACAAAAACGCCGACGUUCUUCUGCCUUCUCGCCGGCCAUUAAAUUUUCCAUAAAAAAGGAAAAAAAAUCAAAAUUUCCUAAUUCGGAUCUCCGGCGAUGGGUCGGGUUGAAAUGGUGGUGGCGGCGGCGGUUGACCCGUCGACGGCGGCAGUGACUGUGGCGUACCGCUUACAUGAAGCGAUUAGUUGGUGGGAGAAAGUGAAUGAAUCUUCGGUUUGGCAAGACCGGAUUUUUCAUGUUCUUGCGGUUCUAUAUGGAGUCGUUUCUGCUGUUGCUCUUGUGCAAUUGAUCCGGAUCCAAAUGAGAGUUCCUGAGUAUGGUUGGACCACUCAAAAAGUCUUCCAUUUCCUCAAUUUCUUGGUGAAUGGGGUUCGCUCUGUGGUUUUUGUAUUUCGUCGGGAUGUUCAGAAGUUGAACCCUGAGAUUAUCCAACAUAUCUUGCUUGAUAUGCCAAGUCUUGCAUUCUUCACAACUUUUGCACUUCUAGUACUAUUCUGGGCUGAGAUAUACUAUCAGGCACGUGCUGUAUCUACUGAUGCUCUUAGGCCUAGUUUCUUCACAAUUAAUGGGGUGGUUUAUGCUAUUCAGAUGAUAUUAUGGCUGAUAAUAUGGUGGAAACCUGUUCCAGCACUCGUCAUCUUAUCUAAGGUGUUCUUUGCAGGUGUAUCUCUGUUUGCGGCCUUGGGGUUUCUUCUUUAUGGAGGAAGGCUUUUCCUUAUGUUGCGGCGUUUCCCUGUAGAAUCGAAGGGGCGACAGAAGAAACUACAGGAAGUUGGCUAUGUGACGACAAUAUGUUCUUCAUGCUUCCUCAUUAGAUGCAUUAUGAUGUGUUUCAAUGCAUUUGAUAAAGCUGCGGAUCUUGAUGUUUUGGACCAUCCAAUUUUAAAUUUUGUAUACUAUCUGUUGGUAGAGAUUCUACCUUCUUCGCUUGUCCUUUUCAUUUUGCGGAAGUUGCCUCCGAAGCGAGGGAUCACACAGUACCACCCUAUUCGCUGAUAUAAUAGCACACGUUGAAUGUUGGAAAUCAAGCUCUGGGAUCAGGGUAUCAAGAUGAGUUGUCUUUUACGAUACUCGUCUUACCUGGAAGUGAAUGAAGCAAAAGACAAUAUAGACAGAUCUUGUUCAUGGAGCAAAGUUUAAUCAGGACUCUGGAAAUAUAGUUUGUUCUUUGCAGAUAGUUCCGUGUCUAAUUUGUUUGUAGUCUUGACGCAAGAGUUGUGGAAGAAGCUGUGUUAUUUCUAGUGUAAUUAUCUUCAUCUUUGUAUGUUUCAGAUUUCAACUGAUUAUUCUUUUCCCCCAUCUCAGAAACGGUUUCUCUACUUCUGAGGUAGGGGUAAGGUCUGCGUACGCUCGACCCUCUUUAGACCCUUUGUAGGACUAUACUAGGUAUCUUCUUCUUGUAUUCUUUCCCCAUGUUUAAAGUUUGUUUGGGCGUA